AAGCGCCUGCGAGACACAUCUGUUGACCUAACACAGUCCUCCUGACUAUUACCUCUGAGUGUACAAGCAUCAGAAAGAAUGCGGCCGCAAGACUAUGCGGGACGGAUCCCUCGGGAUUCUUUCAUCAUUUCCAUCUCGAUCCUCCUAGCCCCGGCAGUCUUGGGAGUGCUUAUGCGACUCUUCAUUCGGUUCCGCGUGCACCGGCAGCGACUCUCCGUGGAUGACUGGCUGCUUGUGCUGGCCCUUUGCUUCCUGCUGGCCAGUAUCAUCAUCAUGUAUCGCAAGGUGAUAGACCCAAUGUAUCUCCUCAUAGCAAUGGAACUUGGAAUGAAAGACAUCGCUAUUCCGGCUGAUAUUAUCGGAGUGGGAAAUGCGUACCAUGUGUGGAAUUCAGUUUGCCUGACAGUCUCUUGGUGUGCUUUCGGAGCCAAGCUUAUCGAUCGAAUCAGAGCCUGGCAGAUCUACUGGGGGGCGAUAACUAUUUACACAUGUGCCGUUCUAAUUUACGGCUCCUUGAUCUUUUUUCUUAGUUGCCCCUAUUUCUACGACAUCAGGCAAUUUCUGGCAAUCCCCGUCAACAUAAUCUGGAAGAUCCGGGUCCGAUGGACCCAAAGGAUCGUUCUGACAAUGUCGCUCUGCCUUACAGUUGUCAUGAUCGCACUAUCGAUAGUCAGAGUUUCCGGACUUCUCUACCACGAUAUAUUUCUGAGUGCUGAAGUCGGGGUAUUCCUAGUCGCGGCAGUAUCAUUUCGCUCAUUCUUUGUAGCGCAGAAUCGAUCACACAGGCCUCCCCCCUUCUCAGUCAAAAGGUUCCUCCGGGAGUCCUUUUCAUCUCACAAACAUCGCCAGCCAGACUCUAUGUCAAGCACUUGGUUACAUGACUACGGUUCUGAGCUGGAAGUUCUAGCCAGUCGCUCUAGCACACGAGAAGUUGGCGUCCAGCAGGCCGGAGCACUUGGGGAUGUUGAGGCGAACUCGACUCAUUGA